AUGGUGUUUGACUUCAGAAAUACCGAGAAGCGAUCAAAGACCCUCGACAUAGGUUUCAAUGGUGUUUCAGUGUCGGCUGACUUUCGCGGGACGAUUUUGCAAAUAAGCGCUUUCCAUCCCAAACAUGGUAUUGUUCUCGCCGAGCCCUACGGACAGUUCGAUGGGACCAGGUUCAGAGACACCCCGUACGUGCGAGAGUACCGAGCCCGAAUGCUCAAGUCCAUCAAGACGGGAACGCCAGGGUUUGGGUUGCGUUUCGACGUCGAGGCCCACGACACGAAGAUAACGCUGGACGGGUUGGGACGAGCAACAAUAUCUUUCCGCACAGUUGAAGGACUUGCCAUAACAACGUCUUUGCGUGUCAACGAGAAUGGAGAAGUCAUUCAAUCUUCGGAGGUUUCGUCUUCUAGUGACUGUCCGACCCUUUUGAGAUUCACCAUGGACUUCAGCAUCAGCGUGAACCGGGCAUCGUAUGGGCAACUUACCGAAGGUGGACCGAUCCCCAUGCCCAAGUCAGAAAACAAAUUCAGUUUCGCCGACUUUGGAAAGAGUUUCCUGGUUGUCAACGUCCCUCUUGAUGCACAACUCCAAGGAAGUCUUGAAAGUGGUGGUCCAAGGGUCGACAUGCACAGGGCUGUUCAAGAAACCACUUUUGUGAACUCGCCCGUAAAAGGAGCAUAUUCUCAGACUUUGGAUAUUCCACCACGAGGAUCGAGGACGCUGACGGCAAAGUUUGCCUUGCAAUCGGGAACAGGUUGUGGGAAAUCUCGCAACGCGGAAACCUCGCCUGCCCUCGGAUUGCCGUUGCUCUGGCGGGAUCAAGAAACCACCAGCAGAUUCAUUGUCCGCCGAAAUCUCGAGUACAUUCUCGGUAAUUGCACGGUCCCGCUGUCACCUUCCAAGCAUGCCGUUUGCCUCCUCACAGAUCAUGUCGCUUUACCGCUCGGUUGGAUGAGGGACAACUAUUGGCAGAUUCAAUUCUUGACCCAAGUAUAUCGGAACCUUGAUAGGUUAUCAAUUGGUAAGACCUGCGCCGCCUACUCCGAGGAGAUCAGGGCCACGACAAAGGGACAUCUGGCUUGGAUCUUUCGGCACGCACAACGACCUCACCACUUCUGGCAUCGAUCAUAUCUCACUACAGGCCGUCCCAAGGAUGGGCCGGUCUUUCAGCUGGACCAACAGUGCUAUCCGCUCCUGGAGGUCUGCGACUUCUGGGAGACCUUUCCAGGAGAGCAGCCAUUUGUGGAAGAAAUUCUGGCGUCAGAUGCCGUGUCUCAGGUCCUGGACCUCCUUGAGUCAAAGAGAGAUCCUUUGACUGGACUCUUCCCGACAGACGAGACUCCAGGUGAUGACCUGGUAGAAUAUCCGUUCCAUUUCUCGAGUCACGUCUUAUUAUGGCACACGCUGUCUCGGCUUGCGAAAGUGAUUACCCAGGUAACGGGCGCUCCGUUGGGGCAGCAACUCGCACGUCUUGCCGAAGAUGUGCGUGACGCGACGUUGAAGCACUUUCUCGCCUCUGAUCCAUUGCCAGACUCGCCGUCCUUCUCGUAUCUGGUGGACGGAUUUGGUCAACGAACGUUUUACCAUGAUGCCAAUGACCUGCCAACGCUUUUUGCUCCGAUAUGGGGUUUCACCAGGACCAGCAAUGAGAAGCAGGCAUGGCACAACACCAUGGAAUUUGCGUUCACGCCGGCGAAUGAUGGAGGAUACUAUGGGGACGGAGCUUUUGGAGGACUAGGGAGCGUUCACACGCCCGGGCCGUGGACACUAGGAUAUUUCCAGCAGUGGAAAUAUGCUCAGAUGAUGGGCAAUAACCAGCAAGAAGCUGCCGCAUGGGAACAAAUCCGUGGGGUCAUGUUGUGGGAUGGGACAUUUUCGGAAGCAGUAGACAGUCACUCGGGGGAGUGUACGAGCAAGGCAUGGUUUAGUUGGCCAGGAUCGAUGAUUGGGAGCGGCUUACUCCAGCCGGGAGUCAUAGAGAGGUACCUGUAA